AGCCGCGGUUUGGCGCCAGCUUCGGAGCGGGCGACGGCUACCGGUUGGGGUCAAAACGCCGCGGCGGCCGCGCUGACGGCAGGGACGGGACGGCUGCGCUGCAUUCCCGGUCCCACUCCCAUGGAUCCCACCCCGAGCGCUUCCCACCGCCGCCGCCUCCUGCUUCUCUCGCCGGCGUCCCCCGCCUCGCCCGCCGUGGUCAAGGCGCUCUUUCAGGAUGAGCUCUCGCCUGUCUCGGACCUCCGCCUCACCAUGGAGCAGCUGGGGCGCGGGCAGCAUGAAAACCUGGACCAAGAGGUGGGAACCAAAAAUGGAUUGCACAGAUCAGCGUCUUCAGAGUCCACAGACUCAGGUUUGGCUUUGGAUUCUCCUGGCCCUGCGACCUCACACGACACCAUGGAGGACAUGUUUGAGAAAGCAAUCAAAUCCAGCAGGCUGAACUUUCGAAUACCUUUCAGAAGAAUCCAUUCCCUGCCACAAAGCCUGCUGGGCUCCAGCCCUGCUCUGAAGAGAAACCACUCUGACUCUCUGGACACUGAUGCUUUCCAGCCUUUGGAACAGGAUGAAAACAAGGAAAAUGAAUCAUUUGAGUUCAAGAAGCCAACCAAACCAGCUUCUCGUGGCUUCCGUGAUGGAAGGGGUGUUCCUGGAGCCAGGCAGAAUUCAUCUCCAGCUCAGCUGCCCGUGGGGGAAACAACCUCUGGGGAGCAGGAGAACUCCAGGGCAGCCUUCCUGCAGCAGCAUUCCCUGCCCUCCUCGGAGAGUGAGGAUGAUGAUGGCUUCAUGGAGCUGCUGGAUGACCAGGACUUGAAGAACCACGAGGAGAUGCCCUCAGACGUGUCCAGUCUCUGGACGGCCCCGCUGGUCAUGAGGAGAGCAGACAGUCGGGCCAAGCGGUGCCGGCUCUUUGGCUCUUCAUCCAUGUCAAGCAUUGCAGGAAGAACCACCCAGAAAAGGAUGGAGAGGUCCCAGGAGGAGAAUUCUCCAGGGAAAAGCAAGAAGAGGAAAAGCCUGCCCGGAACAUCCGAGGACUCCACGAGCCUGAAGCUGGUGAGGACCCAGCCCUCCACAGCAGAGAUUGAGAGCAUUUUGGACAGUGACCAGAGGGACCUUAUCGGGGACUUCUCCAAGAGUUAUUUAUUUGACACUGUCGAUGGGAAACAUCAAGAUUUAAAAUACAUCGACUCCGAAAUGAUUGUGUCUGUGCUGACUGGGAAGUUUGAGAGCUUCAUCAAGCAGUGUGUGAUAAUUGACUGUAGAUACCCCUAUGAGUAUGAAGGGGGGCACAUCAAGGGUGCCAUAAACCUGCACAUGGAAGAGGAGGUGCAGAAUUUCCUGCUGAAGAAGCCCAUCCCGCCGUCGGAGGACAAGCGCGUCAUCGUGGUGUUCCACUGCGAGUUCUCCUCGGAGCGGGGCCCGCGCAUGUGCCGGUUUGUGAGGGAGCAGGACAGGCUGAGCAAUGAGUACCCCAACCUGCACUACCCAGAGCUCUACGUGCUCAAGGGGGGCUACAAGGAUUUCUUUGCGAGGUGCCAGAGCUUCUGCGAGCCCCAGAGCUACCGCCCCAUGCACCACAAGGACUUCAAGGAGGACCUGAAGAGGUUCCGCACCAAGAGCCGCACCUGGGCCGGCGAGAAGAGCAAGAGGGAGAUGUACAGUCGCCUCAAGAAGCUCUGAGGGCUGCAGGGCCCUGCAAGGACUGCCCAGCCCGGGGGCUGCAGUGGGACAGCCACGUGUUCCUGUGCUCCCACCCCCCUGGGUGCCUCCUCCCUGGGAUCACCUGGACCUCGGCCCGCGAGCCGCAUUCCGGCUGGGAGCUGCCUUGGGAUUCUUUUUGGUUACGUUGCUUCGUGAAAAUGUUGUGGCUUCUCGUGUUGUGUGACACCCCCAGAUGGCCCAGGGAGGGUGGGGACAGCCUCGUGGGGCUGGGCUCGGUGUCAGCACUGCCAGGGAAUCGUAGUUCCUGUUAAUUUUUUAAAUGCUUAAUUUUAUUUAAAUACAGUCAAACGAAGCCAACACCUCUGCGGUUGGAUCAUGUGGAUUGUACUUAAACCUUGUUUCUGCUCCAGGGUGACCUGCUGGGGGGGAUUGGGGGGGUCAUUGUUUUUCUCUGCUGCAGUUUUGGUUCUGUGUAGCAUUGUGGGAAGGAAAAUGGGAACUAGCCCAUGGUGGCUCAGGAUUCCCACCUGGGCCGGCGCUGCGGGAAGCCUUGGGAGCCCAUCUGAGGCAAACUGCUUAUUGUUCAUAAACAUCACAUUCACCUCGUUCA